CACGACGCAGGGAUAAAAGGCUGUCCCGCAAAAUACCCAGUCCUCCACUCCCCUUUCCUCUUCACCGGGACUGGUUGCCAUGUCGUUCCUCAACGCCACCACUAUACCCUCGCCGUACUACGACGCGCUCUACCCAGCAACUGACUUUUCCUCCUUGACGUGGCUGGAACAGCAGUGGGUUGCGUGGUAUGUCUGGAUCGGAAACCCUAUUAUCGCUACGGGGUUAAUGAGUUUUCUCAUGCAUGAGAUUGUAUAUUUCGGACGAAGCAUUCCAUGGAUUAUUAUCGACGCUACACCGUUCUUCCGUAAAUGGAAGCUACAAGCCAACAAAAUUCCUACGGCCGCUGAACAGUGGGAAUGCACCAAGCAGGUGCUUUUCUCCCAUUUUACCAUUGAACUUCCUUUGAUCUGGCUCUUCCAUCCGACGGCAGAAGGCCUUGGAAUGAGCACGUAUCAUGUCCCAUUCCCUUCGUUGAAGACGAUGGCGCCUCAAAUUUUCUUGUUUUUCGUGUUCGAGGAUUUCUUCCACUUCCUUGCCCACCAAGCGCUCCAUACCGGUGUUUUGUACAAGCACAUUCACAAAAUCCACCACAAGUACUCGGCACCUUUUGGCCUUGCAGCUGAAUAUGCCCAUCCUGCUGAGGUCUUCAUCCUCGGUGCAGGCACGAUCCUCGGUCCACUCCUCUACGUGUUCUUUACGAAGAACUUGCACAUUAUCACUGUCUACGCCUGGAUCGUCCUCCGCCUCUUCCAAGCUAUCGACGCGCAUAGUGGAUAUGACUUCCCCUGGUCAUUACACAACAUCAUUCCCUUCUGGUCCGGAGCCGAGCACCACGACUUCCACCACAUGGCCUUCACCAACAACUUUUCCACAUCCUUCCGGUGGUGGGACAGGAUUUUUGGAACGGACGAUAAGUACCGCCAGUACCGUGCACGGGUGAAAGCUGCGAAGAAUGCGAUGAAGAAUGCGUCAAAGGAGGAGCAGGAGAAGAUGGAACAGAAGCUUAAAGAUGAGGUGGAGGCGGAGGGGAUCAGGGCUGAGGCUGAGGCUGAAGGCAGCGCGCCGAAGACGGUCAAGGUCCAGUAAAUUGGAUACAUGUUGAUGCCUAGAGUAUAUUUAAUAAUCUUAUAUCGUAAUGGGCAUUC